UUUAAAUCUUUAUUCUACACGACACAUGUAAUUUAUGUUUGAUGUAUAUAUUGCUAACAUAAAUAUAUUAUAUUUCAAAAGAUAUUAGGCUAAAAAUUGUAAAGCUAAAGAAAUAAAACAAUAUAUUUAGUCAAUUUUUUUUGUUUUAUUUCCCAAAAAAGGGCUGCAAUAAAGGAAAAGAAAACAAGAAAUAGAGGAAAUUGUUAGAUAUUGUUGAAUAGUAGUCAAAGAUACAUAGAGAUCCAAAAAUCCCUUUUUCAUCCUUGAGGGCAUAUAUAUAUAAGCCAUUAUAUAUUUUACUGGUCUUAACAAAAUAUAAAAACCUAAUAAUUGUAGGGAGCAGGCAGGAAUCCUCUUUGCUUUAUUCCCUGAAUUUUCGCCAACUUAUCAUGUCAGGAUCUGAGACUGGUUUAAUGGCGGCGAGCAGAGAAUCAUCAAUGCCAUUCACGAUGGCUCUCCACCACCAACAACAGCACAAUCAACCUCCUUCUCCGCCGCAAACGCAACAGCAGCAGCAGCAGUCGUCACCACCACCACCGCAGCAGUACCAACACAACUCAGCCGGAGGUGGGAAUCCUGGUUUGAACAUGAACAUGCCUGUGGAGAUGACGGGAAGUGAGCCUGUGAAGAAGAGGAGAGGGAGACCGAGGAAGUACGGUCCGGAACUGGGUUUGGUUCCCGGAGCUCCUUCUUUCACCCAGGCUCAGACGAGCGGCGGCGGUUCCGGCGAAGGAGGGUCGUCUGCGCAGAAGAGGAUGAGAGGACGGCCUCGUGGCUCUAGCAAUAGGAAAAAGCUUCAAGCUUUAGGCUCGACAGGAGUGGGAUUUGUACCUCAUGUACUCACCGUGGGGACUGGAGAGGAUGUAUCAUCAAAGAUAAUGGCGUUUUCUCAGAACGGACCAAGAACUGUGUGUGUCUUGUCUGCAAACGGAUCUAUCUCCAAUGUGACUCUUCGCCAGUUCGCCACAUCCGGUGGAACCGUUACAUAUGAGGGGAGAUUUGAGAUUCUGUCUUUGUCGGGCUCCUUCCUCCUGGUAGAGAACAAUGGUCACAGAAGCAGGACAGGAGGUCUAAGCGUGACUUUAUCGGCUCCUGAUGGUCAUGUCUUAGGUGGCUGUGUAGCUGGUCUUCUUAUAGCAGCAUCACCUGUUCAGAUUGUUGUUGGGAGUUUCAUACCAGAGGGGCAAAAAGAACUAGCGUCACCGACAUUACUACCGCGUGUGGCCCCAAGUCACGUACUGAUGAAUCCGAGUAGCCCGCAGUCUCGUGGCGCAAUGAGUGAGUCAUCUAUCGGAGGACAUGGAAGCCCUCUUCACCAGAGCAACACAGGAGGACCUUACAACAACACCAACAACCCUUCCAUGCCCUGGAAGUAGCCAAAGUGAUAUAUAUCUGUCUUGCUAAAUGAUGAUGAUGAUUCAUACCCUUUAGUUUAGGCUAUUUUAGUUGAGUUUUAAAUAACUUAACAUGCUUUUGUGUUCCGUGGUGUGCUUUAAGAGACUUUGAUUUGUUCAGAAAAUUGGAAUAUCCUGAUUAAUGUAGAUCUUUUUUUAAUAUAAAUUUUCUCAAAUU